UUCACAGAUGUCUCCGCACGCGUAGAGUCGUGUCACCCGUCACGACCCAGCAGCCCGCUUCUGUGUGAGGCAACGAGCCGCGGACAGCAGACAGAAACACAGAGGGACAGGGAGAUACGGAGAGAGGUAGAGGCAGUAACGGAGGGAGACAAAGCAAGAGAGAAAGAUAGAGAAGAGGGGCAAAAACACAAACAUCGCUGCCACUCUGACGUCUCUCCUCUUGCGCCUGUUUCGGCGUGUUUGAGCUCAAGAAGAGGAGAAAGAGAGAGAAAAGAAAAAUAAAUCCUGGGAGUGUUUUUUUUUUCAUCUCCAGCAUCCAGGGCAUGAAGGCGGGUGUCAGCUGGCACGGCAGAAUAAAAGAAAGGGAUGCUUUGACUGCUGCCUUUCUUUCAGCAAGGGACCAAGGAAGAGGAAUGGGGGGACAACGCGCAGCAGGGACAAACACAGGAUUUCUAGAAUGAAUGGGAGUCCUUCUGCCGCAUGCGCUGGGAAUAGCAGUCUCGCGUUGAAGUCUCCGAUUAAGGGGCCAGCCCUGAGGACGUGAAACUGUUGGGAGAGUUUGGAUGUCACCGGUGACACAGCUUCCCACUGCGUUUGACCGCCUUCAACUGCACACAUCUCUGCUAUCCAGGCGGCACCAAUUAAGGCAGGCUUGAAACGAAGAGCGGUGACAGUAUCCGAAGGCACAAGGAGCAAAGACAUACACUGGAGGAGGGGCCUGUGCAUGCUGCAGACGGGCAGAGGACUGCUUGUCUGGACUCAGUGUUGCCCGUCUGUGGAAGACUCAUCAGAGGAAGAGGAAAUGGUCGGCUGAAGUGUCACAAAGGACUGCACCGCUACGUAUUUCAUCCAGCAUGCAGUGUGGCCUUCCCAGCUGCGCAUCUACCGUGGUGCAAUGAUUCAGUUAUAACUGUGGGUUAUGCCGAGCCAAAUAACCAAUCCUGGAGAUGCCGAAGAGAAGAGAUAUUCUUGCCAUCGUGUUGAUCGUGUUACCCUGGACUCUGCUCAUCACUGUUUGGCACCAAAGCGCUAUAGCUCCACUCCUCGCCAUCCGCAAGGCCUGUCACCACCUAGUAAAAGAGAUCUUUAUCAUUCCAGAGAGGCUUGCAGUCCGCCAUCACCGGCUCUCAGAUGACGGUGUCGAGGGCAAAAGGGAGGCUGGUGGCCAGGCACAAGACUCCAAGGAAUACUGUGCCUCAGAUAAGGACAUUGUGGAGGUGGUGAGGACAGAGUAUGUGUACACGCGGCCUCCGCCCUGGUCAGAUGUGCUGCCUACCAUACACAUCAUCACCCCCACAUACAGUCGACCGGUGCAGAAGGCGGAGCUGACACGACUGGCAAACACCUUCCUUCAUGUUCCCAACCUGCACUGGAUCCUGGUGGAGGACUCCCAAAGGAGAACACCUCUCGUCACGCGGCUCCUUCGAGAAACGGGGCUUAACUACACCCACCUCAAUGUGGAGACACCCAGGAACUAUAAGCUACGGGGUGACACCCGGGACCCCAGGAUCCCCAGGGGGACCAUGCAGAGGAACCUGGCCCUGCGGUGGCUGAGGGAGACCUUCAACGCUAACAGCACCCAAGCUGGAAUCGUCUACUUUGCAGAUGACGACAACACAUACAGCCUGGAGCUGUUUGAGGAGAUGAGAUCCACUAGGAAAGUCUCAGUGUGGCCUGUGGCCUUUGUGGGCGGCUUGCGUUAUGAGUCCCCCAAGGUCAAUGCAGCUGGAAAGGUCUACGGCUGGAAGACGGUGUUCGACCCCCAUCGGCCAUUUGCCAUCGACAUGGCCGGAUUUGCCAUCAACAUGAGGCUCAUCCUCUUCAAGCCGCAGGCGUAUUUUAAGCUUCGCGGGGUGAAGGGUGGCUACCAGGAGAGUAGUUUGCUCCGGGAGCUUGUCACACUUAAUGACCUGGAACCUAAAGCAGCCAAUUGCACUAAGAUACUCGUUUGGCACACAAGAACGGAGAAACCUGUCCUUGUAAACGAAGGAAAAAAGGGAUUCACAGACCCCAAUGUGGAAAUAUGACCCCUUCAGAUGCAGGUCGCUGGCCUUGGACCAGCAGAGGAAGAAAACGUCUGAACGUCUUGAUAAGUGCAACCAGUGCUCAUGUCUUAAUCAUCAGAAAAAAGGGACAUUUUGGCCUUUGAAGAGGAAUUUAAUCCUCUUGACUUGAUCUGACAAUUUUGAAAUACGGAGUAAAACAGUACAGAGGUACAAUACUAAAGCACAGAUUAGAAGUGGCUGCAGUUAUUUGCCAGGUCUGCUGAAGUGCAGGGCAGAGGACAUAAAGGACGUCACAGAGUCGGCGUUGAUAGACGUGACCUGCAACUUCAUGGUACAAUGGCUCGCUGAGGACAACCUAACAAAAGAGACAGGCACAAUAUGACAAGCAUACAGCCAGCGGAGUCAUCCAAACAAGCAGGUUAAACCUAAAAAUAAACUAAGGGGAUAAUACUCACACUGUCUGGAUCUGCACAUGGUUCAAAAGUGAAAUUCCACACCAUCAGCCUGGAUUAAAACACGACUCCAAGGACAAAUAAGCGACGUGUGGACUUUCCUUUGAGCAAACAAAGCAAGUCAAGGAUGUUCUUUUGAUAACUAUGAAAUGUUUGCAUUAAUUUAAUCUGUUCUGGUGUUUUACAAGCACUUGCUAGUUCAAUACUACUGACUCGUACAGUACCUGCAUUUACUCUUGGGUUAUCAUUGCUCAUUUUAUGGUGUCAUUAUAUCACAUGCAUUUAAGCCACCCCCAUACACUUGAAGAGAGACUGCUGUUUUAAAUGUAUCCCCUCGUUGUGCUUGGGAGCUCAAGAGUACAUGUAAACAUCAGAAUCCUAACACUUCUUAGCACUUAAAAAAUACACAAAUGAUGUUCCUUUGUGGCAACAUGUGUACAUAGUAAGUUAACAUGACUACAAUCAGAGAAUUGAUGGCAAUUUUGACAAAAGUAUUGUAAUUACUGUAUUUAUAUGUAAAAAGAAAAAGGUAAAAAAAGUAUCUUCUCUUUCCCCUCUGAAUUCCUCACAUCAACACUCAACAAGGCACAGGUUCACUCAAGGUUCAACACAUGGAAAGAGUAAUAGCACAUCACCAAUGUCAUUUGGUAUUAGAAACUCCAGUUUGUGACACGUUCAUUACUUUGAAUCAGCUAAACCGUAGACUCACAAAUACUGGCCUAAUUGCCAUGUUAGCUUUCAUAUAAAGUGUCAUUUUUGAUGUUGCGGGGGAGGGGGGGGGGAGUGUGUCACUUCAGAGAGCUAAUAUUUCCUCUUGUCUAUGCACGCUCAUAUGUCCACGAGCCACUGGUUAACAAAGGUCCCUGUGUGCAAGUCUACCAAAGAGAAGGAUGAAAAAGCAUCAAUGCCAGCAAAUUUGGUUAUAAGUAGGCCUGUCGGUCCCCCUUCUCUAAAGAAAAAGCACUGUUGUGUGAAGGAGACAGAAUUCCCCCAAAAAUAUAAAUGUAGGCAUCUGCUAAAUAAAGCAGCUAAUUCCUCAACAAAAAGUAUCAAUGCAUGGCCCUAAAUUGUUUUUACGCUGGCUUCCACUUAUAAAAUGAGAGACUACUCUCAAUUGACAUCAGGCUAAGAAAAGCACAACAAAAAUAACUGUUUUUGCUAAUGAUUUGGUAGCAAUGUUUACGUGCCAUCUUCAGUGUUGUGGAUUGAUGUCUCAUGGGUUACUUCAGUUAAAGUAUCAGUCUGUUGUGCACUAACUGGAUCGCAGAAGGGAGCUCCUCUUACGCUAAACAUCAGCAGCGAUGACGCUUUUCAGCUGAACACUGUAACAAAGUUAUUCUACACCUCGUAUAAUAGAAUCUCUCCUCUAGUUGAUAAAUCAUCUGUCUAGUGCAAUACACAGUGGUUCUUAUCUUACAUUGCCCGGCAGAAGUAGCUGGAGAUAAUUCAAACACUGAGCCUCUGUACUGUUGCCAGAUUAUCUUUGUGCACCCUCCCCUUCAGCACACACAACCCAAAAUACACAGAAUGGAAACUUACAAAGACGUUACGGCCUCUCGGGCUCAUCAACCGGGGAAACCGUACUAUUACAUAUUUCACUUGGAGUAAGAUAAGAUACACACAUUCAGACAAUAGCUGUAUUGUAUCUCUCAUCGGACUGGCUGUUUUCGUAGACUGCAUGAUAUUACACUGCACAGGGGUCGGCCAUGCCACAGACUAUCUCUGGAUUUGUUCUACUCUUCAACUUGCCUCCUAUUAUUUAUUAAAAACUCAAAUUUUAUAUAUUUAUUUAUGUAUUUAUUUCAAGUGUGGAAGUGCAAUUGAAUCAUAGCAGUGUUUGCUCUACAAUCUGCAUUUUCCAACUGCUCUCGAGAAAAAGCAUGCGCACUUACGGUAUAGUGUACACGUGGAUUAUCAUACAGAUCAUAAUUACAAACACCAUCUUCUUUAUAGCAUUGCUGCUGAUAUAAGUUCUACUUGAGAAGUCAUUAUCAGCUUUUUAAUCCAAAUGAAUGAAUCCAUCUGAAAUGUUUCAAGCGAUUAAACCGUUUUAGAUUCCAAAAUAAAUACAUCACCAUGUAGAGGUUUAAAUUUGAGCUCUUCAGGUAUGAAAUUAAAUUCAAUAUGUUGUUUUUUUAUUUGACUCUAAACAGAAAUGUAUGAAUCAAUCUAAAAAAAAUAACUAGCGCUGGAACAGCACCGUGUCAAAGACUUCAUUUGAGCGCUCGGGCAUUCAAAUCAAAUGUUGUCAGUCUUUUACUUUUUGAUGUACACUAAAUUCUCUGCUCUCAUCUUCCAGACUUGCCAACAAACGUCAUGUGGCGUUUGGUUAAAAAGAAAAGAUUUACUGAUGGUAAUAUCUGUGGUGAUUUCUGAAGCAAUUUAAAAGGGCUUGACCUUAAAAGUGAUGUUAGAUCUUUGUCCGACAUCUGAUUUGUUUCUCUCUCUACAGGUGACUUAUCAAGCAAUAUCUUAAAACUCACAAAUAAUGAGUACAUACAUCGACUUUAGCAGUGCAGGUUAUUCAGUAUUCAAUGUCACUAAAUGAGAAUUACCCUCCGAGGGGCUUCUUUAAGGCACAAUACACUUUCCACACAAGUCCUCUCUUUUCCUCAUCUCCACUGUCAUCCCCCUGACUCAUGUGAUUCACAUUUUAUGCAUGUGACUCUUACGGUUGUUUAUUUGCCACAGCAAUUCUGUCUCAGAGAAAGAUGUUAGUUGAAUCAAGAGAAAUAAAUAACUGAGAAGAACCUCGCCUGUGCUGGAGUGUUGUGUCUGAACACUGAAUGUUUUUACACUGUCUGUACUAUGUGCGUUUUUAAACAUCUAAACCACAUUUAAUCUUUUCUUGAAUGUUUCCUUAAGUUGGUCUCAAAUCACCCUGUCCUCAACUAGG